UUUUUGCCCUUUUAAGAGAGUAGAAUCCGACCCGCAUGCAAGCACCCUUGCAAUCGCUCCCGGUAGGAGUCUUCUUCCUCCUCCCGCCACCGUAGCCGACCCCGAACGAACGGCCAACUCCGGCGACUCGGUGUUCAACUCAUCUUCGCCUCGCGGAAUCCGCCGCUUCACAUAGUCCAGGUCCCUGUAUGAUACAGUCUGUAUCACUAUCACUCACAGAGAAAGAGAAAGUGUAGCUUCAAGCUCUCAUCUUCCUCCUCGCUCUCAAAGUCACCAUCACGAUCGCUGAAUUUGUGAUGUGAUUGCCAAUCGAAGUCGGAUUGGUGUUAUCUCUAGCUGUCGAGCUGUCCUUGGCAGGAGUAAGAUAGAUGCACUCUAUCUUAUGUAUCUUUGUUGAGCAAAAAUCAGUCACGAAUCUUAAGCGAAUCCAAUUCGGAGCCUCUUCUUGUUGUGUUGAGAUUCAGAUUAUUAGCAUGUUGUCUCUAGACUCUUCAGCAUGGACUGCAGGUUGAAACCAAAUCCCAGUAGACAGAAUAGCAUGAAUUCUCAAGAAGCAGGCAGCCGUUGGAGUGUUUUUGAUGGAGUCAAGAAUUUCCCACCUACUACGGAAGCUCUCAUGGGAGAAAUUAACACCGCCAUUGCGAAUGUGGAAUAUGCUCGUGCGAGCGAAUUUCUUGAAUCCGUGUCAUCUGUUGGAUUGAGGAAUAAGGGCUCCGAUCAGAAUGCAAUGUCACAGUAUGAUGCUAAAUUGGCAGACGAAGCAUACAGGGCUGGAUGUGCGGCCUUAGCUGCUGACAAGCUUGAUGAGGCUCUUUAUUCGCUGAAUAUCGCACUCUCUAAAUGCCCCCCUGAUAAGGCUUCCGCUGUUGCCAAGCUUCAGUCUCUUAUUUCUCUCACUUCUCAGCAGCUCCAGAAAUCUGCAAGCCCAAGCUAACUGUAAAUUCUCAUCUGGUUAAUGUCAGUAUCAAAUUCAUUGGUCAUUCUAUCAAGCACAUAAUCAAGUUGGACGUUUCGCUACGCCCAUUGCCAACUGCGAUCCCUCUAUGACUUCAGCAGUCAGUUUGUGUACCUGGGGGUGUGUUGACACAAGAAAAAUGGUGAUGAAGAGGAUGGAAGGAAUUACCUGAGUCGACCCUGGAAGACGAGUACGGGAUUAAUAUCCGUUGGUGGGCAGGGUCAUGAAUCUUUGUUACUAUGCUGGCAUUGUCGCCUCAGAUGUCAAUUUUUUCUUAGGAUCUAAGAGGAAGAUGCCAGUUUUCGUUUGACGUGGAUAAGAGAACUUGAAGAAAGGAGAAGAAACUCAAAAGUGUGGCACACUUGGUCGAAGAAUUCGGUCCGUCAGCUGGUUAAUUGAUUGAAUUCACCUAAUGACGUGUUCCUUUAUACUUUCAGUUCAAAGAGAUUAAUUCCAUUA